UUAAUAUUGUCAAAUGACAGGAUCAACACAAAGCUUGUUUUUCAGUAUCUUUAAGUGUUUUCUUCGCCUGCAGCCCGAUUUCUUCCAUAAGCAAUGACCGCAGCCUCUGUGCUCUGGUUUUUUGAAUGGCUCGGUCUCAGAAGUGUUUUAACGUUUCUCGCUUUGUUUUUAAUACUGGGCGUCUUAAUACAACAGAAAGCUCCUAAAAACUUUCCCCCUGGACCCUGGUCGUUACCUUUGAUCGGCGACUUAUGUCGCAUUGAUUCAUCAAAAAUCCACCUCCAGUUUGCGGAGUUUGCCAAGCAAUAUGGAAACAUUUUCAGCCUUCAUUUGGGACAAAACGUCGUUGUUGUGAACAGUUUUAAACUCAUUAAAGAAGCCCUAGUUCACCACGGGGAAAACUUUGUAGAUCGCCCAAAGGUGCAACUAUUUGAAGAUAUUAUGCAUAAUCAGGGUUUGGUUUUCUCCAAUGGUUACCUAUGGAAACAACAAAGAAGGUUUGCUCUCUCAACCCUGAAGAACUUUGGACUGGGCAAAAAGAGUCUUGAACCCUCCAUUCAGGUGGAGAGCACAUUCCUGAAUGAAGUCAUAGCCAAUACACAAGGCCAACCAUUUGACCCUCAGUUCAUCUUGAACAAUGCCGUCUCCAACAUCAUCUGCUGCCUGGUGUUUGGGGAUCGCUUUGACUACAAUGACAGCUACUUCCAAAUGUUGCUGAAACUGAUCAAUGAAACUGUCUAUUUAGAAGGAAGCAUUUGGGCUCAGAUGUAUAAUAUGUUCCCCUGGUUGAUGAGGAAAAUCCCUGGUCCCCACAAGAAAGUAUUUUCACACUGUGAAACUCUGAUCUCUUUUAUCCGGCUGAAAAUUAAGGAGCACCAGGAAGACUGGGACCCAUCAUCUCCUAGAGACUAUAUUGACAGCUUCCUUUCAGAGAUGGAAAAGCGGAAAGAUGAUGUUGAUGCCGGUUUUAAUGAGGAGAACCUGUGUUACUGCACCUUUGAUCUGUUCGUGGCUGGAACUGAGACUACAUCUACUACACUGUACUGGGGCUUGUUGUACAUGAUCAAAUAUCCAGACAUACAAGAGAAGGUGCAGGCUGAGAUAGACAGUGUGAUUGGACGGUCACGUCAGCCCAGCAUGGCAGACAGACCAAACAUGCCGUACACUGACGCCGUCGUCCAUGAAAUACAGAGGAUGGGCAACAUUGCACCACUGAAUGCACGUUCAACCACGAAAGACACAGAGCUGGGAGGAUACACAAUUCCAAAGGGAACAAUGGUGAUGGUGACAUUACACACUGUGCUCUUUGAUGAGACUGAAUGGGAGACUCCCUUCACUUUCAAUCCUGGACAUUUCCUGGAUGCAGAGGGGAAGUUCAGGAGGAGAGAUGCCUUCAUGCCCUUUUCAGUUGGGAAGAGAGUGUGUCUGGGGGAGCAGCUGGCUCGGAUGGAGCUCUUCCUGUUCUUCACCUCCCUUCUCCAGCGCUUCACCUUCUCUACACCCCCAGGCAUGGAGCCCAGUCUGAAGUUCAAAUUGGGUUUAACACGCUGCCCAAAACCCUAUAAGCUAUGUGCUACCACCCGCUGAGUCUGUCUAUUCCAUAUCAUUUAAAAGCUAUCUGCCAGAAAUAAUCGACUGACAGUUAAAAAUAAGUAAAAGUUUCUUGAACACAUCACUGUCCUUCUGUAAUGAACCAUACAGAGGUCCAGUUGUGGAUUCAUCCAUAAUGAUAAAUUUUACCAAUAGCAAAGACAAAAUCCUCAUAGUCAUUACAGUAAACAUGUAAACAGGCAAGAUGUCAGUAUCCAAACCAGAGCAGAGCAAUAGCAGAUGGGGAAUCCAAAAGUUGAAGUUGAACAAACAGGUGAUAAGUGAGAGACGGGGGUUUUAACAAUGGGGGAGAGAGUUCACACAGGGUCACUGGUUCCUUGGAAAAUCCAAGAGAAUUGUAGGCAUACUCUGCACAGUUGAUAUACUUGCUCCACUCAUCCUGAUUUGUUGUGUCAGUCGCUUAUUUCAGAUGUUCUCUUUAUCUGUUGAAUUGGGGAGGUAUUCCAGCGUUAGGUUCACACUCCCAGUCUUCUGCAAAACUCACCACACUGGAGAGGUGAACUGGGAACCCUGGUCCAGCUGAAUGCCUUGCAGUGGGGUCUUUAUCUGGGUGUAAAAAGGACUGGACAAUACAUAAUCUUCCACCGUUGAUGAUGACCAAAAUUUAUGUCCAAGAUAUUUGUGUGUCCUGGUGACAGUGGAUGGCCAGAGCCAGAGACAACACAAUGAAGAACAAGUCUGUAGUGCAGUACAAGACAUAUUAUUUGUGCAAUAUGGCAAAUGGAGCACAGUAUAGAAGAAUAAAUAAGGAUAAAGUUUAGAUACAGAUAAAAUGCAGGUUGCCAUUUUAAAAAUGGCAACAUAAUGAAAUGGGAGAUAUAUAUUCUGUAAUGUAUUGAGUUUGAGUGUAGAUGGUGUAUGUGUGUUUUGUGCCUAUAUUUCAGAUCAGUCCUCAACAACAAACUCCAUUCUAUCCUGUAACUCUGUCCUGCUUUUCACUUCUGCCUCUGCUGAGCUCCGGAAUUCCAGUUCAAUUAUUGUCUGCUGCUCUAUUUCACCAGGCAGGGAAUAAAAACUUGUUCAUUCAUGUUUGCUCCUUUUGCUUGUGAUUUCAUGCUCAGCUUUGCUUUGAUUCUGUAGUAUUUGACUUUUUGGCUCUUUAUUAGAUUAUGAUACUUUGGCUUUGGUCACUCAAUUGUAUGUAUUUCUGUAUUAUGUUGUAAUGAUUGAUCUUUUUUUGGGGGGGGGCUUUCACAUGUAUUUGUCAAGAAAGGGAGGUGAAUUGUUAUGUCGUUUUCAUUUCUGGUAGGUUCCGUUAGAAAUAAGUUUCCUUUCAUCAGUUAGUUGUGGGUGUUUUGUUUAUUAUUUUGGUUUUGGUCCUUCCUGAUGCAAAUCCUUGCACAAUGUAAUUCUCCAGUCAAUACACUGUUCCAGUUUCUUUUACAUAC